AUGAAGCCAAGACGAGAUCGCAACGGACGGAAUCUUGGUGAUAGUUCCACGCGAGGUAUGACCCCCAAACCUAUCAUGGUCGAAGAAUUGGAAAAGGCAGAAGUUACAAUUCUGAAGAUUAUCCAAGCAGAAUCCUUUCCUGACGAAGUUAGUGCGCUGAAAAGAGUCGACAAUAGAAGUCUUACUAAGCAAAAAACGACCAAACUCAGAAAGUCAAGCUCAUUGUAUCGCCUGGAUCCUUUCCUUGGCUCCGAUGGUCUACUGCGUGUUGGAGGAAGAUUACGUAGGUGUGACGAGAUAACGACAGAAAUGAAGCAUCCCGUCAUAUUGCCGAAAAAUGGUCACGUUGCAGAGCUGAUUAUUCGCCACAACCAUGAGAACGCUGCCCACGGCGGAAGAGGAAUUACUCUCAACCAUUUAAAAGGCAGAUAUUGGAUCAUAAACGCCAAUUCCAGAGUCAGAAAUUACAUAUCAAGAUGCGUAGAUUGCAGAAAAUUUCGUGCCAGAACCGCCAAACAGAAGAUGGCUGAUUUGCCCAAGGACAGACUUACUUCCGCAGCACCAUUGACAUACUGUGGAGUUGAUCUUUUUGGACCCUGUCUUAUCAAGGAUGGUCGGAAAGAAUUAAAACGCUAUGGUGUGCUAUUCACAUGCUUAAACAGUAGAGCAAUUCACCUAGAAUCAGACAACUCCUUGGAAACCGACUGGUUCCUGAAUGCACUCAGACGUUUUAUAGCUCGACGUGGUCCAGUGAGAGAAAUAAGAUCAGACCGAGGUACCAACCUAAUAGGAGCUGCGAAAGAGCUUAAAGACGCUCUCAAAGAAAUGGACGACGCGAAGAUAAACGAGUAUCUCUGCCGUUAUUCCGACGCUGAUUGGCUGGUCAGAUGGAAACCAAACCCCCCAGCAGCAUCACACAUGGGUGGUGUAUGGGAACGCCAGAUUCGUACAGUGCGUACAAUCCUUACAUCGUUAAUGAAAGAGUUUGGUCAUGUUCUUAAUGAUGAAUCUUUCCGAACAUUGUUAACAGAAGCCGAGUGUAUUGUCAACAGUAGACCACUGACAUUCCCUUCCAGCGAUCCUACCGAUUUACAGAGUCCAAUUUCACCAAAUAACAUUUUGACGAUGAAAUCAAAGAUAGUUAUGCCACCUCCUGGAGACUUCCAGCGCGCCGACCUCUACCUUCGUAGGCGAUGGAAGCGAGUCCAGUAUCUGGUUGAAAUCUUCUGCACUCGAUGGAAAAGGGAAUACCUGAAUACACUUCAGAUGAGAAAGAAAUGGAACCGUCCCCAGCGCAGUUUUGAAAUCGGAGAUAUAGUCCUAGUAGUCGACGAGAGAACGUCAAGAAACUUGUGGCCACUUGCUCGUGUUAUUGACAUUACUCCAGACUCAGUGGGUGCUGUUCGCUCCGUAAAAGUGAAGACUGCUACGUCAACCCUCGAACGUCCAAUUGUGAAACUAGUUCUUUUACUGGAAAACUCGUAA